AUGCCGCCGGGAGGAACGGGAUCCGACGCCCGCUUCUUUCUCAAGGCAAUUCGGACGGUUCUGCUCCCGCCUCUCUCGGCUGCACCGGGCGAGCUGAUUCCGGGAGAUCCCGCACUGGGCCUCCAGAACCGGGCUGGGGGCAUUACGCGGGGAUGGGACUGCGGGCGCGGGCGAGGGAGCCAGCAAGCAGCUGAGCUGGUUGGCGAGCCCCAAAUGACAGGGGAGGACACCGGUAAAAAGGGCUGCGCCGCGGGAGACCGCGUCGAGUGGUUCAGGAGCGAGGAGGGGGGGUGGCAGGGCCUGCGGGUCACUGGCCGAGAGUGCGUCCUGCGAAAGUGGGGUCGGGACCUGCCUCGGGCCAGAAGCACGCCCUUUUCUCAAGCAACCCAGAGGGAGGACACCCCCGGGGUGCAGACGCUGCUGGAAUUUAAACCUUACCUGUUGGUGAUCUUUACCUCGGGCACCAAGUUGGCCGACCAUGGCUCCUCGCUCCUCAACUUCAGUUAUGGCGAUUAUGAUCUCCCUCUAGAUGAAGAUGAGGACAUGACCAAGACCCGGACCUUCUUUGCAGCCAAGAUUGUCAUUGGCGUGGCACUGGCAGGCAUCAUGCUAAUCUGUGGUAUUGGCAACUUUGUCUUUAUCGCUGCUCGCCGCUAUAAGAAGCUGCGCAACCUCACCAACCUGCUUAUUGCUAACUUGGCCAUCUCUGACUUCCUGGUGGCCAUCGUCUGUUGCCCCUUCGAGAUGGACUACUAUGUAGUACGCCAGCUUUCCUGGGAGCACGGCCAUGUGCUCUGUGCCUCCAUCAACUACCUGCGUACUGUCUCCCUCUAUGUCUCCACCAAUGCCCUGCUGGCCAUUGCUAUUGACAGAUACCUCGCCAUCGUUCACCCCUUGAGACCACGGAUGAAUUAUCAAACAGCCUCCUGCCUGAUCGCUUUGGUCUGGGUGGUGUCCAUCCUCAUUGCCAUCCCAUCGGCCUACUUCACCACCGAAACUGUCCUUGUCAUUGUCAAGAGCCAGGAGAAGAUCUUCUGCGGCCAGAUCUGGCCAGUGGACCAGCAGCUCUACUACAAGUCCUACUUCCUCUUCAUCUUCGGCCUGGAGUUCGUGGGCCCGGUGGUCACCAUGACCCUGUGCUAUGCCAGGAUCUCCCGGGAGCUCUGGUUCAAGGCAGUGCCCGGGUUCCAGACCGAGCAGAUCCGCAAGCGGCUGCGCUGCCGUCGGAAGACCGUCCUGGUGCUCAUGUGCAUCCUGACCGCCUACGUGCUGUGCUGGGCGCCCUUCUACGGCUUCACCAUCGUGCGCGACUUCUUCCCCACCGUGUUCGUGAAGGAGAAGCACUACCUCACCGCCUUCUACGUGGUGGAGUGCAUCGCCAUGAGCAAUAGCAUGAUCAACACCGUGUGCUUUGUCACGGUCAAGAACAACACCAUGAAGUACUUCAAGAAGAUGAUGCUGCUCCACUGGCGUCCCUCCCACCACGGGAGCAAGUCCAGCGCUGACCUUGACCUCAAAAGCAGCGGAGUGCCUGCCACCGAAGAGGUGGACUGUAUCCGGCUGAAGUGA